GCGGCAGCACGACUCGUUAUGUAAGGCUGCCAAACACCUCCAGCACCAUAACACCGUUCGUGGUUGUUGGUGGCGGUGUGUCACGCGUGAGGGGAGGAUGUGACUUCACGCGCGUCGCACACACAUGCAUGCCCGUAAACACGAGCAGGCUGGUGGAAGCAGAAGUUCUCGUGAAGGCUCCUCCAUUAGAGCUGCAUCAAGACCCUGCCCGCCGUGCCGCCGCGCCUCGUCGCUGUCAGCAAGACCAAACCCCCGGAGAUGGUGGUGGAGGCCUACAGACAAGGACAGCGCCACUUCGGGGAGAACUACGUCAACGAGCUGGUGGACAAAGCUUCGGAUCCUCUGAUUCUAGGAUCGUGUCCAGAAAUCAAGUGGCACUUCAUAGGCCAUCUACAGAAGAAAAAUGUCAACAAACUUUUGGGCGUGCCCAACCUGUCCCUCGUGGAGACGGUCGACUCGGCGUCCCUGGCUGACAAGGUCAACAGCUCGUGGCAGCGAGUCCGCGGGGGCGGCGCCCAGAGGUUAAAGGUCAUGGUGCAGCUCAACACCAGCGGAGAACAGAGUAAACAUGGCCUCCCGCCAGAGGAAACGGUGGACACGGUGAAGCACAUCGUGUCCAAGUGCUCCGCGCUGCACUUUUUAGGACUCAUGACCAUCGGACGCUACGGCUACGACCUCAGCCUGGGCCCCAACCCCGACUUCCAGAUGCUGCUGGCUCGCAGGCAGGAGGUGUGCGACGGCCUCAAGCUGCCUCUGGAGGACGUGGAGCUCAGCAUGGGCAUGUCUACAGACUUUGAACACGCGAUCGAGGUGGGCUCCACCAACGUGCGGGUGGGCAGCGUCAUAUUCGGCAACAGGGAGUAUCCCAACAGCGCUGGCAACACUCCCAACCCCAGCCCGGCCCCCAGCCCCGAGAAAAGCAGCAAGAAGGUGUCCGAAGACGCCGCCAAAAAGAUGCAGCACCUCACUGUCUGAACCCCAAGAAGAGCCCCCCCCCCCCCCCCCCGAAGUAGCCUAAAGAAACAACAUGCAAACUGAAGCAGAUCAUCCCCACUGAGCUGUGAGAGCUACGAUAAAAAUGUUAAAGGCCUAAAAAAACUGCCCUUCUUGCUCUUUUAAGCAUUAACAAGUGGCGUCCGGUACAGCCGUAGUUUGACCUUUUUUAAAAGUAGUGUCACUAACCUCUAGUGCUCCCACUUGCUCCCCAUGGAACUGGUAUCCUACGAGCCUACGGCCCGAGGCGAGGUACCGCCGCUGGAAACGCGCUGGAGGUCAUUUCACGAGGUGGUUGGUUUGCUGGCGUGAGAUUUUCUACCUUUCCAGCUCCGAUGAGCUUGUUGUGUGCAGCGUUCCACAGAUCAGGAAUUCCUGAAGACUUAUUGAAUAAACCCGUUGUCCCUUUAUAAUGACAUAGUAUCGUGCGUUUGAUAUUGUUUCUUACGUCGUGUGAGAUCUCUAUUCUUGAUAUUAACGCGAGUAAGCGGGAGGGGGGGGAAUCUAUGCAAAGUGGAUAUGUUAGUUUAUACACUGCAGCUAGUGUUGCGUGGCAGAUUUCUUCCAAAAUGUUCCGAUGUUGGUGUGUUAUCUGUCUCGUGUCCGUGGGUUCAGAAGGAGGCGCUUCAGCAUCGUUGGGUUCUGGCUCUUGAGGGGAAGCCAAAGCCGAGCAAUAAAUGGUUUGGUGAAAGUU